ACAGUGAUGGAUUGUUAAAGCUCCGAGAAAGUCAUGGGGCUUUGUCCCCUUACACGGGAAAGACCCAAAGUGAAGGAAAAAAUAUUAGUUGAUUCAGUCAUUUUAAGUUUCACAGAGUCGUGGACUAAUAACUACUUUAAUUUCAUUCAGAGCUCAUAAAAACCAGUAACAGCUCCUUCUUCAUGGGCAUCCCAAAGGUGUCUUUGGCUUUCAUUAUGGUGGUUAUCAUGUUUCAGCAGAUGAUACAGGGAUCUCAAGAACCGGCAUGCCAUAUGAAUGACUUAACGGCCAUCAAGGGUUUCGCCAAAUGUUUAGAACCGGAUAUUGGCGGGUGGAACUGGAGCAGCUCCAAUUGCUGCUCAUUUACAGGUAUCACUUGUGACAAUUCCUCUGAUAUAUAUGGAAGAGUGGUCGGGUUAGAGCUUGGGAACAAAAGACUCACAGGCACAAUAUGUGAGAGCUUGGUUGGAUUGAAGCAACUCAGAAUCCUGAACCUCUCGCUUAAUUCUCUCCAUGGUAAAAUUCCUGCCAACUUGUUUCAUUUUCGGAACCUAGAAGUCCUUGACUUGAGUAACAAUUAUCUCGUCGGUCCACUUCCUUCUGCAAUUCAUUUACCAUCAAUUAAGUAUUUGGAUCUCUCAAAGAAUUAUUUCUCUAGCUUCAUUAGCAUGCGAUUAUGCACAAGUUCAUCUCAUAUCCAAUAUCUUGAUCUUGCACAUAACUUCUUCGGAGAAGGUUUGAUAUAUUUGGAGAAUUGUACUUCAUUGCAGUAUGUUUUCCUUAAUGGAAAUGGUCUGUCAGGAACUUUCCCUGAGAAUUUGUUCCGGCUACAACAUCUCCGAGUUCUACACCUUCAACAAAAUCAGUUUUCGGGGCCUCUGAGUUACGGAAUUGGGAACCUUUCUAACCUUGUUGAAUUGGAUAUCUCCUUGAAUGACUUUAGUGGAAGUCUUCCAGACGUUUUUGGGAGACUGAGAAAGCUAGAAUCCUUCUCUGCCAGCUCAAAUAGAUUAACUGGAUUAUUGCCUGCUUCAUUGGUGAAUUCGGCUUCACUUUUGAGGAUUGAUCUGCAAAACAACAGUCUUGACGGUCCGAUUAGAAUAAAUUGUUCUGCAAUGGCCCGAGUCACCUCACUUGAUCUCGCUUCUAACAAUUUCCAGGGGCCAGUUCCUGCUAGUCUAUCCUCUUGCCAGAGCUUGAGAGCUCUGGAUCUUGCACGCAACAAACUCGGUGGUGUAGUUCCAUUCGAAUUUAGAAAUCUGCACGCAUUGGAAUCCCUCUCUCUCGGAAACACCAGCAUCAAUAAUAUAUCCACAGCACUUGAGAUACUACAACACUGCAAAAAUUUGACUAUAUUGGUCCUUAGUUUGAACUUUUACCAGGAAGAAAUGCCUAGCAAUGUGAAUCUGCAAUUCACGAGUCUUAAGGCACUUAUUAUUCCAUUUUGUCACCUGAGAGGUUCUCUUCCAAUUUGGUUGAGUAGUUCUAAAAUGUUGCAAUUGCUGGAUCUGUCGUGGAAUUCAUUGGGAGGUUCCCUUCCUUCUUGGAUAGGCAAGUUCGAAUAUCUCUUUUACUUGGACUUGUCUAACAAUUCCUUUUCCGGGGAGAUACCGGAAAGUUUAACCGGACUAGAAAACCUUGUCCACAAAACUGCUCUACUGAAAGAAUCAUCUGAACACUUCUCACUGGUAAAAAGCAAAGAGCAAGGUAGGCCAUAUUUGGUGUACAAUGAUGUAUGGAGCUUCCCGCCGACUAUUGAUUUAAGUCAUAACAUGUUUAGUGGACCAAUCUGGCCAAGUUUUGGGAACUUGAAGAACCUUCAUGAUUUGAGUUUGGAAGAGAACAACCUUUCAGGAAGCAUUCCAGAGAGUAUAUCAGGGAUGACAAGCUUGGAAGUAUUGGAUUUGUCUCGUAACAAUCUCUCUGGCGAAAUACCUCAUUCUCUAACGCGUCUCAGCUUUUUAUCUAUAUUCAACGUAUCAUACAAUAGGCUUUACGGGGAUACACCCUCAAAAGGUCAAUUCAUGACAUUUCCUGAAUCAAGCUUUGAGGGGAACCAGGCUCUUUGCCCUAGACUACUGGCACCAUGUCAAAGAAAACAGAUUCCUCCACUUGUGUCCCCUGGUAAAAAGAUGAAGAUUGUGGAUUGGAACUUUGGAAUUGGAGCUGCAACUGGUUUUCUUCUCACUGUCUUCUUUUGCUUCAAAUUAGGCUGGGUUCUUCCUAAAGGAAGGGUAUGCAGAUACUGAGAUUUGAGCUGUAAUAUCUGCCGGAUGCCAUUUUUUAGGGGUGAUUGCAUGUACCAAUUGUGUUGAAAAUUGGCCAACCAUGCUGCUGUGAUAUUUUUGGUUAAGUGCAUGCAGCUUGUAAACAUACUGCAACACAUAUGCUUUCUGUAACAGCAAGGUUUUAUCCUUAAUUUCAUUGUAAUCAAACUAGUUGAAAAUGAACAAGUUGAUGACAACUUGAUGCAUUAGGUGUUGAAUAACUAGUUUAGGUGGCUUAUUUAUGUGUACAAGCAAUGUUUAUCAAGUUACUAGGCUACUUAGUGAUAGUAGGUAGUAUUUGGUGAUGUAUUUGACUAUAAAUGUAUUGUUUUUCUAGUUGAAUGAAUGAGCUGAAUGAGCGAUCAGUCACAAGCUCCCUUGCUGCACAUUUGUGAGCAAGUAAAAA